AUGGAGACCCUGGAGGCGCGAGCUGAUGAUGCUGAGUCUCCGGUUCCCAACCUCACGUGGGCGAUGAAUGAGAUCGUGGCAGUGGCGGAGGGAUGGGGGGCAGUGAUGAUGCGCGAUUUCCUUCGGGCCAUGGGGAACUCGACGCGGCUGAAGGAUGCCAUGCUAAGAGCAAAUGCCCGGUAUUCGAGGAUCCUCGCCCAUAGGGCCCGGAUCGAGGAGCUUGCGACGGAGAUGGCCAGGAAGUCGGACGUGCUUUAUGGCCCGCAGCAUGUCACCGAGGAGCUGGCCUUGCGCGCCAAGAUCGCUGAGAUGGUAAAAGCACGCGGCAGUGCAGAGGCUGUUGCCGCCGGAGCGCUGCUGAACGCUCUGUCGUUUGCGGGCUUGGAGGCGAUUCUUUCUCCGAUGUUCGAAGAGUUUGUGCCUUUAGGAGGGUACUGGGGCUUCUCGCCAGAAGACUGGAACUUGUCCAAGUUGGCAACUUUCAACUUCACGUCUGCUAUCCCGUCUGACAGCUUUCCGAACACUACGGUCAGCGCUGACCGGGUCAUGGCCACUUGGAUCUGUAGGCGUCUCGAUGAAGCCAUGAACCAACUAAGGGAGAAUAAUUAUGUGCUGGCAAGCCGAUUCUUGCGGCAAGUCAACUUUGUUUCGCUGGUCAGUUGUCCACUUGUGAACGCGAACGAUCUGCCAACAUGCGCCGCUCAAAUGUUUGCGUAUGUUUGCGCCUACACGAUGCACACCUGCAUUGCCAAUGGGAUUUUCAGAUUGUCGACAUCCGGCCUACGAAAGCUCUUCGUCUUCUACUACUUCUUAGCCGGCGCGGCUCUUCUGUUGAAUAGUGGCUUCUCUGACAGCACAACUUUGGGAUACAAGGUCAUUUUAUGCGUUUGCUAUGUUGACAGUGCGGUUCACGUCCCAGCGAACGUUGUGCUUGCAGUGAUGGAGAUUGGUCAGCAAUUUUUGCUGUUUGGCAGAGAGUUCCACGUCCUCGAGUUUGCCAUUGAUCAUGCAGUUUUCGCGAUUCUCGUCUCGGUCAUCUCUGUCGUGUUGGAGCGCACCCUCAGAGAUCGUCUAGCAGCGCAAAUCAGGAACAUGGACGCUGAAUCCAUUAUCCUGGCUUUUCGUCAGAUGCUUCGAGGUGUCUGUGACGGCGAAGUUCUUCUCGACGAUGGCCUGCGCAUACAAGAAGGUACUAAUUGCCUGAACCGGAUUUUGUUCAGAAAGGAAUCCCUUGACAAGACUGUCUUCCGCGACAUCCUAGUUCAGGACUCAAGCGAGCUUGAAAUCUUUGACAAGUUCAUCUCGCAGCCGCUGGAUGCUGGCAAAACAGCCGAGCAACUUGCUGCCCCAUGUUUGCGUCUGUCUCUGCAGUCGGCUCAUUCCCAUCGAGUUGGGGUGGACGUCUACCAUGUGGCCUUACAACAUCUUUUCGGUUGUGAGGGCUCCUACCACCUCCUUGGCUUAAAGCUCGAUGUGGAGGCGCAGCCCAUCCCUGAUGCCACUUAUUCUUCCACCGCGGUGCUCGCGCAGCCAGCGCAAGGUGCCGUGAGGCGGCAUCUAUCAGGACAGAGCUCCGCGGCUCCCAAUGCUUAG